GCGGAGACACUGUACAAAACAGGAAGCUUCCUCAAGCUUGGUUGACCCUGGCGACAAUUGGUUGGGAAUCGGUAACCCCUGCUCCUUCGUCUGAUUGGCUGGCCAUGACGUGAUGCUUAGGGCAGUGGCCGGCGCUGGUUGAUGAGGUGGUUGUGUGGAGGCCGCUGCCUGGAAUACGGAGGGUAUGGCGGCAGCUAUUAAUGCUGCUGUACCUUCUCCUCCGGUAGCUCCGAGCGCACCUCCUCCUCCUCCCCCGCCGCUUGGUCAGGCCUCGGAUAGGUUUCCUAGCUUGGUGCUCGAACUGGUUUUCUCCUAUUUGGACCUGCCUGACCUGCGCAGCUGCGGCCUGGUGUGUAAGCGCUGGUACCGCUGUCUCCACGGAGAUAAGAACAGUGACGUGUGGAGGAGUCUGUGCUGCAGAAUCGUUAGCGAGGAAGCCUUGCGGACCGACAUACUGUGCAACCUGCGCACUUACAAGGCCAAGGUUCGGGCCUUUCAGCAUGGACUUAGUUCAAGUGACUGCUCUAGAAAUGUGUUCAUUAAGAAAAAUGGUUUCACUCUUCACCGAAAUCCCAUAGCGCAGAGUACUGAUGGAGCACGCACCAAAAUUGGCUUCAGCGAAGGGCGCCAUGCAUGGGAAGUGUGGUGGGAAGGUCCUUUGGGUACAGUUGCUGUAAUAGGAAUAGCUACAAAACAGGCACCAAUGCAGUGUCAGGGGUAUGUGGCACUCCUGGGCAGUGAUGACCAGAGCUGGGGCUGGAAUCUGGUGGAUAAUAAUUUGUUGCAUAAUGGGGAGGUAAAUGGUAGCUUCCCCCAGUGCAAUAAUGCCCCAAAAUACCAGAUAGGCGAAAGGAUUAGAGUGAUCUUGGAUAUGGAAGACAAAACCUUGGCGUUUGAACGUGGCUAUGAGUAUUUAGGGGUGGCUUUUCGGGGACUGCCAAAGGCCUGCUUAUACCCAGCAGUAUCUGCCGUAUAUGGGAACACAGAAGUGACUUUGGUGUACCUAGGCAAACCUCUGGAUGGGUAACAUAACUACUAGAAACAACUGUGGAUUAAACCAAGUGGUGCAUUUUGCAUGUGACUUAGCAGGAGGCAUCACCCAUUAGGAGGAUACUCAAAGGAUAUAAGGCAUAUAUCACGGACCCUGCUUGUUCUGCAUCCUGGAAGACUCUUGAGCCUAUCCCCUGGUUGAGUGCUAAGAAUAUCCAGUUGGGGAUGCCACAAUGUGAAUGGAGAUGAAGGGUCUCUUUUUGCUUUUAUUUGUAUCCCCAGUGUUGUCUGUGUUUUUGUGUUGGUUUGAUGGUUGUGCAAAGAAAUAGUAUUAUACUGCUGGGGUCAGUUCAGAUGCACAGUGCAGUGCUUUGGACUCUAGCCGGCUGGAGGCAGUUCAGGGAGAUUAGUCGCCUAAAGAAGAGGCGAUUUGUCGCCGGGGCGACUAAAUCUCUCUGAAUCUUCGAGUGUGUCUCUGCCCUUAAAGCCCAUCUUAAAUGUUUAUUAGAUUGAGAAUAAGUGUUAAAACUUAUUUGAUGUCUUAUUAUCACAAGACUAUAGUGCAGGGAUCCCCAACCUUUUUCACCCGUGAGCCACAUUGAAAUGUAAGAAGUGUUGGGGAGCAAUAGUUCCCGAGAACACAAAUGAAGGGCUGUGAUUGGCUCUUUUGUAGCCCCUAUGUGAGCUGGCAGCCUACAGGAGACUCUGUUUGGCAGUACAACUGUUUUUUAUGCAACCAAAAGUUUUCUCCAAGCCUGGAAUUCAAAUAAAAAAAGCUCCUGCUUUGAAGCCACUGAGAGCAACAUCCAAGGGGUUGGGGAGCAACAUGUUGCUCAUGAGCUACUGGUUGGGGAUCACUGCUAUAGCGGAAUGACUGAUUAACCAAUGCCUUCCUAUAUCUAUAACUUUAUGAGCUUAAGGGGGCUUUGACCAAAGUUUGGACCUUCUCGUCUGGCUUGAUCUUAAAAAUAGUCAGAUACUACUGAUUUUAGAAGAAACAGAGCAAUUCCUGCUUUUGUGCUUGCUGUCUUUUAAUUUAUGUCUGCUUUUAACUUGCAUCCCAAAAGCCAUCAGAGUACAUUCUUAAAUUAUACCAAAUGUAGUGAAUAGAGAGGGUCAAGUGACCCUUUUAAGGUGUUAAAGAUUUUGGGAACAAGUGGGGCAAGACCUUUUGUCUGAUGAAAUACUGUGCGAUUUUGGCAGCCAUGGCCACAUUGUAGUAUUUUUAUUUUUUUUGAGGACCAAUGGAUCUGAGAGAAAGAUGGGAUCUGUGUUUCCUCUCACUUUCUUAUCUGCCAAAAUGUCAUCAACACACCACAGAAAGGGCAGCAGCAGACUGACCAUUCUCUAGUAGGGUUGCAGGAUGGUCUGUUACAAUUGCCCCCUCCUGUCCUCCAUGCCAGGGAGCAAAACAUAUGCCAAUACAUUCGGGCAGUGUGGUCAAUAUUUCUGAAUAGUGUCACGUCUAGGAAUGACACACAGGCCUAUUUACACAGCGUUGUUCUACCGACAUGUAUCCCAUAACUCCGAAAAUCAUGCUGCUAAAAAAAAAUUGACUAAAUUACAAUUUUAAAUGAAGUGAAGACUGGCAAGGCAGGGAAUUGUCGUUUUCUCAAAUUCUGAAAUUGUCCAAAAGCAUCACUAAAUUAACAGAAUUGCAAAGUACAAGUUUGUUUUCCUUUAUCUGGUGUGCGUGUGUAAACUGCAUAGCAUAGAAUUACAGCCAUGUCCUUGCCUAAUAUUGAGUUAAUUUAUAUUCAACAGGGAGGGGGGCUAUAAAUAUUGUGAUACAGUGGCCUAUAGUGCACUGUAUAUUUCUGUAUGAAACAAUUGUAGUUGCGUGGAUUAAUGGUAAUAUGCCCAGUAUAUGGAUUAAUGCUUGCUAAAUCUAUUUAUUCCUGUAUUUUUUAUGCAUGGUGACAUAUACUCAUUGUAAAGGCACUGUCAUAUCAUACCUCUUGUCCUUUCAGUUGGCCAGGGAAAAUUGUGCAGUGGUAUAAGCAGUUGAGCUGCAUGAAUUUUAGAAAGAAGCCAUCACUAACCCUGGGCUAUAUAUUGGGCCGCUGCAUUAUUCCAGGCUUACAGGGCUGCUUUGUGUGUGCAUGGUACAUUUGGGUAAGCCAUAAACAAAUCUUUCUCACCAAACACCUACCUUGCAUGAAUAGAAAUUCUGUAGCACACUCUAUACAAGGCAGCACUGACCAGCAAUACUGCAGUAAUAUGCAUUUGCUUCCCUAGUUGUGGCUUCUUUUUGCCUUGCUUGUAUCCAGUGCUCACUUCUCACAAGCCCGAGUCAUUGCAAAGCAUUCUGGCAGCUCAGCAGACACUACACAAGAUAACAGCACUGGCUU